AACAACAAAGAAGACCUAUCAUACUUCUGUGUUCAAGUUCGUUCAAGUAGAGUCGUCGUCUUCUUGUAAUUCUAAAUACAAAAGACCAUAUUGAUAUCAUUUUAUGCCACUGCGCUAUUUUGUUAUAGCUUAUAUUUUCUUGUACAAAGUGAUGCAACAUGGCAAUAACCGUAGCUGUUGUCAGUCGGUGUUUUCUCGCGAGGUUAGGGACACACGCUCGGUGUCAGAGUCGAAGAAACAUUUCCCUGAUUGACACACCAUGCAGCCAGUUGCCCAUGGUAGUGUUAUACAACCACGGGGGAACUGGCGAAAACACACGACUGGACCGAAAAGCUCCAGCGUGGGACAGGAAAGGAGGAGAACGUGACGACCACAGCCACUCCCGGUUGCUUCAGACAUUGUCAGUGGGCUUGGGACUCUGUGGUGCUGUGUUUCUGGACAGUAAAGAGGGCGGACUCGCAAAGGACAGAAUAUCACAUGGGAUGUUGUCGAAAAGUCCACUCCAGCGGUGGUCUACAUCGAAAUCGUGGGCAGACACCCAUUUUCAGGGAGGGAGAUGGCCGUGUCCAAUGGCUCCGGUUUUAUUAUCAGCAGUGAUGGACUCAUAGUGACCAAUGCUCACGUGGUGGCCAACAAAAGAGGGGUCCGUGUCAAGCUGACUAAUGGAGAAAUAUACUACGCCACCGUGCAGGAUGUUGAUCAGGUGGCGGACAUUGCUACCAUCAAAAUCUCUGCGAAGAAUCCUUUACCAACACUCGCACUCGGCCGUUCGUCUGAUAUCCGUCAAGGAGAGUUUGUCGUGGCCAUGGGAAGCCCGUUUGCUUUACGGAACACCAUCACAUCAGGCAUCAUUAGCUCAGUGCAGAGGGGCAGUAAGGAGCUGGGCCUGUCCAAACCCAACAUGGAAUACAUACAGACGGAUGCAGCCAUUGAUUUUGGGAAUUCCGGAGGGCCACUCAUCAACCUGGAUGGUGAGGUCAUCGGGAUAAACACCAUGAAGGUCACUGCAGGAAUAUCCUUUGCGAUCCCGUCCGAUCGCCUGAGAUCUUUUCUUGAUCAAGCUGCAAACAGAAAAAAAGGUUCCUGGUUUGGCCAGUCGGAGACAAAGCGACGGUACAUUGGCGUCAUGAUGCUUACACUCACACAGAGCAUCAUUGCAGAACUUAAGUUGAGGGAUCCAUCUUUCCCAGAUGUGACACAUGGAAUUUUGAUCCACAGAGUCAUCAUGGGCUCCCCAGCAAACAGAGCUGGCCUGCUGCCAGGAGAUGUUGUACUGGAAAUCAAUGGAGCAAAGGUCAACACCUCGGAGGAGAUCUACACUGCUGUACGCAGCAGCGAUAUGAUCACCAUGGUGGUACAGCGAGGACGAGAGCAGCUUCACCUGCAAAUGACUCCUGAAUACACAGAGUGAUAAAGCAGCCACACUACCACUCUUUCUCGAACGUUGACCAGACAGACUGCCAAGGGACUAAUUCACAGAUGGGAGUCUGCCUGUGAAACCUGUUAGUCAUCACAGCUGGGAUUAAAUGUUUUCAAAAAGGAAAAGUGGACUUUAAAAUUUGUCUUGUGUCAGUAUUGGAAUCAUUUUGUUUACACGAUGAAACUGCUAAAACUUUUCUGCAUUUCCAACAAAUGUUUUUGUAAAGCUAACGACACAUGAAACAGUAUUAUAAGAGCCGUUUAAUGUUGGACAGCAACAAUAAGCAAGGCAUGAUUGAGUGAUUACCUGAUCAAUUACACAGACAAUUAACCGAGCAAUGUUGGACAACUUACCAAUGUUGCAAAAUGUAGACCAUUCAGAUCCCCCUUACUUCCCUUUUAAGUAUGUCAAACACAGACCUCCUGUCAUCUCAUGAUUGAUGGAAAACAAAGGUUGUAUAAUGUGAAGCAAAGCAAACCAGGUUAUGUUUUGACAGAGCUGGAGGUGUGAAGCACAUACAUACAAGUGAAUUUCCCUGUUAUUCAUACAAUAACACACAUACAAGAAAGUAAUAAAGUGACACGUACUGGACUGCUACACAAUUAUAGACUGAUAGCUACUAAAUGACGCUAACAUUCAAACCACAGCAGGUUUAAACAAUAUGUUCAUACUACAGACAUUGUUAAGAGUACUCUACAACAUACAAGUAUGGGAGCAAAAGAUAAAACUGUUCAAAUCCCAUUACAACUAGUUUAAAAAGGCUUAAUAUAUAUUGCUGGUAAUAGUUCUCUUUUUAAGAAAAUAUAAAUUGUGCGACUGAAGCUUACAAUACACUGCUGGCAGUUGCGCCAGGUUCUCGGUGACCUGCUGGAAAAGGGUCAUCUUAAGAGGCGCUGUGUGCUCAGAGACUCCCGGGAAGAGACAUGGGGUGGGGGCAGAAAAAGAAUUAAACUGGAACUUUGUGAUGCCGGAAUACCUCCUAGUGACGCAGAUGCUGCUGUGGCACAGCGGAAUGCUAUAGACUUCACAUGAUGUGCACAACCAGCAGCCAACCAGAGGUGGACGUAUUCAGAUACAUAAAUAAGAGAAAGUUGGGGAGAGGGUUGAAGGAGGAGAAACUGCAGUGUCAAUUUCAGCAGUGGGAAGGCUAAGCAUUGACUCAGUUGACAUGGUCCAAUGCACGCAGAAGGUCCUCCCCUUGCAGCAGACACUGGCGACCCUGUAAGGGCGCGUUGACCUCGCAGUCAUAGCGAGUGAGUUGAGGCAGGGUGAAGAGGCAACUGGUGGCCUCUGAUGUGCUGCCUAGCAGGCAACUUGCCAGAUCUACCACAAGAAGAGACUAGGUGUCAUGGCAAUUGUCAGCCAAUCAAUUGGAGCAAUCAACGCCUGUGGUCAAUUCACCUGACGGUAGCAGAACUACAGUUUGGGUUGUGCCCAAUGUGGUGGACUUCAGUUUUUUCCCUUGUUCCCGGAGCACAGUUUCCUGGAAAAAGAAAGGAAAUUGUUAUUCUGGGGACAAAUUA